AUGGCAGCAUCUCUAUUGCCAGAUGUCCGUCGCGUCUGUCAUCUUUGCCGUGGCGGCGAUGCACGCACUUGGUCUAGCGUCCUUGCCUCCCUGGCUACACCACUCAUGCAUGCCGGGACAGCAAGACCCAGGUCGAUGGUGCCCUCGCUGCUCCAGCGCAUGCGCAUCCAAACAGCUUCGGAUGGAACGCCCCUGUCACAGGAGAUCGAUGCAGCUUGCGCCUCGAUACUGCAGAGCUACUCGCUCUUCAUCGCUGGAGUCGUCCGCCUUGGCCGCUUGCCAGACUACGCAAUGCCCUUCGAAUUGGCCAUCGCGGCCGCCCACGGUUGUGCCGCCUUGGAGGCUGCAGGGGCCCAGGAGCCACCUGUCAAGGAGCUGCUUCGGGCUCUUGCCGAAUCGCCCGACAUCCCUGGCCAGCGCGGGGGGCAGGAGGCCAGAGAAGGAGCUUCGCAGUUCAACGUCUUUUCGCUGCUGGCAUCCUGCAUCAAGCGGCGCGCAGCAAAGGUCUCCGGCAUUAUCUCGCCACAAGCCGGAGAUGGGUCAGCAUCAGCCUGGAGAACCGCCUCCGAUGGCUUCUUGCCAGCAAUCGGCGAUGAUGCCGAGGCAGACCUCGGGGACGGGCUUGUGCCAACAAGGGUCCUUCUGCUGGAGGACGGCGAGGCCCUUCUGCGAGGGCUGGCCUGUGGCCGGUAUGCCUGGAUGGCCUUGGGCAGCAUCUUUGCCCCCGGAGCAUCAAAGGCCUCCGCACAGCACCGGGCAGUCCUUGGUUUGGGGCCGGAGGCUGGGCCAGUCGAGGCCCGGGCCCUGCGGCGGGUCGAGCUUAUCGCAAGCUCGCCAGGCAUCACCAUCCUGAUAAGGUCCAACUCGAAAGAGUCCACACUGUUCGUGCUGACCUACGUCUUGCUGUGGUGCGUCUUACGAUGGGGCCUGUCGCUCUCGAAGAGGAGCUUGGAUGUGAUAACAAUGAUGCUGGUGCCGCAAGUGAGGACAUCUCCGCAGCUUCUGCACAUUGAGGCCGCUGGGAGUGUGGCGACUUUCUUAUCGUGGCUUCGCUCACGACGUGUGCGUCUUUCGGCCCCGACCGCGGCGGACGUUCUUGUAAAGCACGGCAGCUCGCUCGUCGGGGAGAAGGUCCUGGUCACGGGUGCCUGUAAUGGCAUUGGCUUGGCUGUGGCUCGGGCACUGCUUGAUGCAUGCCCUGAUUGCAGGCUCAUGGUGAACGGGCGCAGUAUGGAGCGAGUCAGUGGGAUGCUUUCCCAACUCCCGGCGCAUGCACGGAGCCGUUGCGAGGCUGCAAUUGCCGAUCUUAGCAGCCUCAGGGAGGUGGAUGAGCUGUGCAAGAAGUUGGCCGAAUCUCCUCCAGAUGUAGUCGUGUGCUGUGCUGGCAUUGCGACCCUUCCGAGAUGGACGCCGACUUCAGAUGGAUAUGAGAGUCAGUUUGCUGUGAAUCACCUGGCUCAUUUCCAUCUGGUCUCCUCCCUGGUGGCAUCUGGCAAGCAUAUCCGUGUGGUGAUGGUAUCAUCCGACCUACAGCGAGUAGGGCAGAAAUUUUUGCAAAUUGAGCUUGACACCAUCAACAGCAAGAGCCACUACAGCUUCAUUGGCAACUAUUUGGCCUCCAAGUACUGCAAUGUCCUCUUCGCACGUUCUCUGCACCAGCGGAAGGUCGAGGCUGUCAGCUGCAGCCCAGGUGAAGUGGCCACCGAGAUUGAUCGAUACCUGCCUUGGCUGCUUCGCGUCGUCCAUCGUGCCUUCAGCCGAGCGCAGACGCCCGAGCAGGGUGCUGCCACCGUUGCCUACUGCAUGGCGGCUGACGUGGUAUCUGGUGGCUUCUAUGCACAGUGCGCGCUGACAGACCUUGAAGGCCCAGCAAUGGAGGGCAAGCUCUGGAGCUUCAGUGAGAGGCUGGUGGCUGCGGCCCUCGAACGACAGGACAGUCUGCAGUCCAGCGACCAGGUGCCCGUCAUAACCUCUCGAUGUGAUGGUGUGAUUCUCACGCCGGAAGCACCAGCAAGGCGCCUGCGCUGCAAAACGCCGCCGGAGCAGGCUUCUUCACCUCCAGCGAAACGGCAUUGCAGCAGGACGCCCUCCCAGCAUCAGGUCAGUGCCAAAAAGGUGCAGAAGGAUGGCACGUCGAAGGAGCUCAACCUUAAUCAGGUCCUGCAGCUGAUCUGGCUCUUCGCAUUUGGCCAGGCUAGGAAUGGGAGGAAACUGGUUGCAAUCACGGAUACCAGUUUGGAGCCCGACAGGCGGCUGGAGGUGGCCAGAGCCAGCCAGUCGGACAGCGAUCCCCCAGGCACAUCUGGUAGUGUCAUCGUAGCGUCGCGCGAUUCAGAGAGCCAAGCGGAGGCACCUCGGAGCCGCGGUGCCCGGCUGCAGGGCACCGCGGGUGCGAAGAAGCCUGGGCCUGUCGCCAAGCCCAAACAGGAGUCGCAGAAGUUUCCGCUUGCGGCGGCCGGUGCAGCAGCGCUUGCAGCAGCAGUGCUCUUCGCCCUUUUUCAAGGCUCCAACCCUCAAGCAGAUGGGAUGCCGAGGGACGCGUACUAUGUCUCCUCCAGCAGUUACGUGAUUCAGAGCGUUCGCGACGAGUCUGGUCAGCUCCGGACCAAAGUGGACGAGAAUCGGGGACUUUGGACCAACAUCCCGGGCCUCAAAGGUGGACAGCGGUCCUCCUCUUCGGAAGCCGACCAGCGACUGCGUGAGGCACAGCAGGAGAUGCGGCAGACGCAGGCGCAGGUCGACCAAGCCAUGGAUGAAAUGAACCAGGAGAUGGCUUCCGUCUUCGGCUCGCCCAUGGUGGCUCUGUUCCCCUACUGA